ACUGGACUCUCUUAUCAAAUAUUGCCAGCGGAACUUGCGCUUCAGCUUAUACCAUAGAAUUAUAAGUCUAUUGUUUAUGUAUUCUUCGAUUGAUAAGCACAACACGUCUCGUAUACGACAGAUUAACAGAAUUGUUUUAUUUUUAUAAAAUUUAUAGCCAUCGUCACCCUAACGUGUGGUAAAUAAUCGUUUCAAUUCCAUUAAAAAACAUUUAGUUUCUGUUGUGCACUUACCUAUAGUUAAUGAUGUUGGACGAGCUGGCAAUUGAUUAUUCAGAGUACUUGAAGGUGGACAAUGAAAACGAGGUAAAUUAUUUUAAAAUUCCAAAAAUGUAAUAAGCAUAGCUACUUAUUCAGGUAGGUAAUCAAGUUAAUUUGUAUUUUAGGUCAAUGCACUCAAAGAUGUCGUUGAAGACAUGCUUACCCGUUUAGAAGAAUUUCAGACGUUUAUGGAAAUGGUAACUAGCAAAUAGCUUUUGUUGAUAUAUCAUUCUCAAUUGCGUUCAUUGAAUUUAAAUUUUAAUAUUUACUCUAGGUACGUGCACUUAGGGUUGAAAGUACUAGUAUGCAUUAUAAUACGAUAAAAGAAAUGAAAUCCAAGGUUACCGAACUGACAGAAACUGUGAACAAAUUAGAAAAAUUAGUCAAUAAAGUUGGCGAAGAUGUUGAAUUGGUCGAUCAACAAUUGACUGAAGCUGAAGCUUGCAUGCCUAUCAAUAAGGAUGGUCCACUAAAUUCAAUUUUCAAACCUUUUUUUGUAAGAAUAAAUUAUAUCUUGGCAUGUGUAUAGGAUUUUUUAUUUUAAAUUCUAUUUUAUCCAAUAAUUUUAUUUAGAAAAAACAAGAAGAUCAUUCAUUAUCAAGACAAUUGCCUGCUUAUGAGCCACCAGUAAUUUUCAAGUCUGAUGAUUAUUUCCCAACUGCAGAAGCGAUAGAUGCCCUUCAAAUAACUGAAAGUGAUACUACUGCUAACAAAUGAUAAAAAUAAUUGUUUGAAAUUUAUUAUUAUAAACUUAAAUAGGUAAUAUAUUAUGGAUAAUGGGUAUGUUCUAAUCACUAGAAUAUAUCACUUGAAUUUGGUGGUUAAUAAUCUGAAUCUU